AUGAGUAAGCACCCUUUGAAGGAAAAAGCAGAUUCUAUGGCUGCAAAAUUAUCUAUGAUAACAAAAGAGUUGUCUACUAUGCCUUCGAAAAAUUCUCUUGAUAAAUUGGCUGAAGAACAACAGCUCAUGAUGAUUAUGGAAGAUGAAAUAAUUAAUUCACAAAAAGAAAAACAUAACUUGUUGCUUCAAAUACGUAAAACUAAAAUCGAGAUCGAAGAAUUACAAAGAAACAUAAAAAAUACCAAUCAGAUUUGUCAAGAAAAUGAACCUUCUUUAAUACCUAAUCAAGAUGCAUUAAUUGACAAGUUACUUAGUAUAAAUGACCAAUCUCUCUUAAUGUCCGUUGGUACAUCCUUGCAAGUUGAACAACUAUAUGAAAACAACACCACCGAUAACAAUGAUAAUAGUCUUCGAGCAAAGAAUAUUGAACGAUUAGUAAAUUUUACAAAAAUUAACUUUUUAAAAGUUUAUAAUAACUUAACCGUAACUGAUGGAGAUCGUAUUCGUUAUUAUAAUUACAUGGGGAAUUCUUAUGAUAUCAACUUCUUUAUUGAAUUCGAAGUGAAUGAAACUAAUCUAGUCAUUAGAAGACUUAAAAUCAAAUUAGAUUCUGGUGUAAAGCGAGAAAUGGGGAAAUUUAUUGAAAACGUGGAACGAGAUAGGAAUCUAUUGAUUUUUUUCAAAGGAUUUAUUGAGUAUGCGCGAUUGAAUCAUCAACGUAAACUGUUAUUUGGUGUUUUGAAGAGAAAAUAUCCUACCUUAACUUUGCCGAGUCUUCAUACACAUAAUUCUUUUACCCAAGAUUCAUGUUUGUGUGUUGACGUACAUUCAUCAUUGAGAUUUUCCGAAAAAAGCAAAAUUGGACCAGAGUUAAUUUUAUCUUGGAAUUUAAAUAUUACUUCAUCUGGUCAUGUUCUCCUUGAUGUUGAGAUGCACGCACGAAUGCCACACCAAUGGACAUUAUUGGACGAAAAACAUGUAAUUAACCAAAUACCAUCUAAUUUCCAAAACUUGGUCGAGGUCAAAGGAAUUCAAUCGGCUAUUGAAAUGAUCGUAAAAACAAAAAUUCAGAAUAUACAAUUUUAA